AAUUCCAAGCCAUGAAUGAAUCCAGGUGGACUGAAUGGAGCAUCCUGAACAUGAGCAGUGGCAUUGUGAAUGUGUCUGAACGUCACUCCUGCCCACUUGGAUUUGGCUACUACAGUGCGGUGGAUGUGUGCAUCUUUGAGACCGUUGUUAUUGUCUUGCUGACAUUUCUAAUCAUUGCUGGGAAUUUAACGGUCAUCUUUGUCUUUCACUGUGCUCCACUCUUACACCAUUACACUACCAGCUAUUUUAUUCAGACAAUGGCAUAUGCUGAUCUUUUCGUUGGAGUUAGCUGCUUGGUUCCUACUCUCUCACUUCUUCACUACUCCACAGGUAUCCAUGAGUCAUUGACUUGCCAGGUUUUUGGAUAUAUCAUCUCGGUUCUAAAAAGCGUUUCUAUGGCAUGUCUUGCUUGCAUAAGCGUGGAUCGCUAUCUUGCAAUAACCAAGCCUCUUUCCUACAAUCAACUGGUCACUCCUUGUCGCCUGAGAAUUUGCAUUAUUUUAAUCUGGAUCUACUCUUGCCUCAUUUUCUUGCCUUCCUUUUUUGGCUGGGGGAAACCUGGGUACCAUGGUGACAUUUUUGAAUGGUGUGCCACCUCUUGGCUCACCAGUGCCUAUUUUACUGGCUUUAUUGUUUGUUUACUUUAUGCUCCUGCUGCCUUUGUGGUCUGCUUCACUUACUUCCACAUUUUCAAAAUUUGCCGUCAGCACACCAAAGAGAUAAAUGACCGGAGGGCCCGAUUUCCUAGCCAUGAGGUGGAUGCCUCUGGAGAGACCGGACACAGCCCCGACCGUCGCUACGCCAUGGUUUUGUUUCGGAUAACCAGUGUGUUUUACAUGCUGUGGCUCCCUUAUAUAAUUUACUUUCUUCUGGAAAGCUCCCGGGUCUUAGACAAUCCAACACUGUCCUUCCUAACAACCUGGCUUGCUAUAAGUAAUAGUUUUUGUAACUGUGUAAUAUACAGCCUUUCCAACAGUGUUUUCCGGCUAGGCCUCCGAAGACUGUCCAAGACGAUGUGCACAUCUUGUCUGUGUGUGAAGGAUCAGGAAGCACGAGACCCCAAACCUAGGAAACGAGCUAAUUCCUGCUCCAUUUGAAGAGAACUAUACAGUAAAUCCAGUGUAAUCUGACAGGGGUUUUGGAUUGUGUUCUUGAUUCUUCUAUAAUAUCUAAAUAAUUCUUCUGGAAGUUUGCCACUAGAGAAAUAUUUACUUGAAUAGUUGACUAUGAGAUGAAGGGACUAAAGAUUUCUUUUUUUUUUCCUUCUCUUUUUCCACAGUGGUGGGGGAGGGGGAGCUAGAGAAAAGAAUGUAUAGAGGGUAAUCUCAUGAGAUAACUUUAGUAUGUGAGUAUAAAUGUACAGUAAUAACAAAAUUAAGCACUGAAGAUGAAAAAAUUAUUGAAAAAAGUAUCUCAGAGCUUCCACAGGACAUGAGCAAAGCCCCUCGGCAUCUCUGUCCUCUCUGACUGAGCUCUCUCCUCUGUCUUUGCCUCUCAUUCUGUCUGUCUGUCUCACUUUCUUUGUGUUUGUGGAAAUGACUUACAUAAAUUGCCCUUUAAAUGCUACAUAUAAUAUAUGUGGCAAAGUGCAAUUUUUUGCAUCAAAGUAUACUCUUAAAUGUACUAAUCUGCAACCCAUAAGUUGUCUCUCUAUGAAGGAUGCAUAGUAAGCAUUGUAUUUUAUUACCUGCCACAUAACCCUUUUGCUUGUGUUUUUAUAAUGUCCGCAGUGCAAAUUGUUUGCUAUAAACAAAAAGAAACAGUACUUUUGUUUCUCCUGGGUAAAAUUAUGUGUACCCAUCCCUACCCCCUUUGUAACAGCCUGCUAUUUUUUUCCUCCAUUGUUCUUGAUCUGCAUCCUUUUGUACCUUAAUCCAAAAGUGUCUUAGCUAAUGAAAGAAUCUACUAUAUAAAGCAAUCAUAAUCUUAAAUAAUCUGUUCCUUCCAACAAAGGUUCUUUGAGAUAUUGUGUUAAAUAUUUUUAAUAGCUUUUGUAUACAUUUUUAUCUGGUUCCUUUCCAAUUAGCUCAUGUGCCCAAAGUAGUGUCUUUUUUUUGCUAUAAUAAAGCUUUGUUUUUCUUUAAGGAAAUCCACAAAUAAUUCUAACGGAGAUUUCAGAGUAUUCACCCAGAAGUAAGGUAUUGCUCUUCAAACCACACAGCGUGUCCUCCCCGCAAUCCAGUAGACAAUAUUAACCUUUUUGUGUUAGGUCUACGAAGCUUAGUGUUGCGUCCACCAAUCAUUUGUGUGAUAUGCAUUUGCAUAUACUAUAUUUUUUACAACAAAGAAAAUGUAAAUUAUAUUAUGUGAUCUGUGCCUAAUGUUUUCUUAGCACAAUACAUAGAUCAAUGUUGCUUAACUCAUCAACAUUGGAAAAAAUAUACAAAAACUUUAAAGAGAAAAAUACUUUUGUGUAGUUGUUAUUAGAUAUUUAUAUUAGAUCAAGCUGCAUUCUUAGUACUGCUGAGAAUACGAUAUACUUAAUUAUCAAAUACAGGUAAGAGCUGUCAGUAUUUCCUUUUGUAAUCCGUUUUCAUACGCAGAGAUUAAAUUAACUUAUUUUUUAGUGUGCUACAUGGAAUUGUAUAAUAAAUUGCCAGGGGUUUAGAUGUAGCAAAAUGGCAUUUGGGGGAAUCAGUCAGUAGUGAAGCAGGUGUGAGUGGUAAAACAUCUAAAUCUUACUUUUUUACUAUAAGUUUCCUGCCUGACAGAUAUUUUAAAGUUUAUAUCAGACUACUGAGUAUUUUUCUUCUCAGCAUUUUGAUUUAUUUGUUUUAUGAAAUGCAUUUAAUGAAAUGUGCCUAUGACUUCAAAUUGGAAGCCUAGUGUGUUUGCACACGAGUGGUUUGACUUCAGAGGUCCGUUAGUAGAAAUGUCAUCAUUUUAUUGAGGUUGUUUUGAACCUGUGUAUAUUUUUAAACAUGUAAGAAAGGUUUAAAAUAAAGAAUAAAAUAGUAUUCUACGUAUCAAAAUCAGACUUUGUUUCAGUUUCAUAAAAACACUCACUUAGAAUCAAAAUUUAAUUGUUUCACAUUUCUGUGGUUUGGGUUGUUUAUAUUAUUUCUUGCCCUGUGUUUGCCAGUGGCAUUUUGGAUAUUCAAAAUGAACCUUUUAAGUUCAGACCAGUUAAAGGAAAAACAGAUUUCAAGAAAGCAUAAUACUACUAACUUUUCAGCUGUCACAAAUAGAAUAUUCAACAUUAUAUGUAUUAUUUGGGAAUCAGAUUUUGAUUCCUUUAGUUUGGUGUGUAAAUAAAUAUAGCUCGAAAGGACUCAGUAGAUAUUCUGUAGAGAAAACUUGAGUCUGCAUUUAUUGCAUUUUCCUCUUCUGGCUUUUCCUCAUGAUAAUUAGUAACAACAAUUAUGUGUCAAGUUUUAAACACUAUGUUAAGUUUUUUUUUAAUUUUUAAAAAAUGUUUGUUUACUUUGAGAGAGAGACAGACAGAGCAUGAGCAGGGGAGAGGCAGAGAGAGAG